AUGUCGUUUUAGGACAUGGUGACCUUCAUGGAUGUGGCUGUGAAUUUCACCAAGGACAAGUGGACCCUUCUGAGAGGAAGUUCUUCGAGAACACGAUGCGGGAGAACACAGCGUCCACAGCCAAGGAUGCCCCACCUGUAUUUAGUCAACAAUGGGACCAGUGCUGGUUUAGUAGGGUCCUACCGCAUGGAGACAGAGGCUAAGAAUCCAGGUGGGAAAACCUCCGCCCACACUCACCCUUCCGGUCCACGCAAGAGAACUAAUACUGGAGUGAAAAGCUACAGGUGCCGCCAGUGCGGCCGAGCCUUUGUCUACCAGUCCUUUCUCAGGAGACACAUGGACAUUCACACGGGCGAGCAGCCCUUCGAAUGCGAGCAGUGUGGGAAAGCCUUCAGGUACUCCCUGCAUCUCAACAAGCAUCUGACAAAGCACAUUGUGAGCAAGAACUACGCAUGUCAGGAAUGCGGGAAAGCUUUCCCAAAGUCCUCAAAACUUACUGCGCACAUCAGGACACAUACUACCGAGAGACCCCAUGCGUGUGAGGAAUGUGGGAAAGCCUUUGCUAAGUCUUCAGGACUCCGGAGGCAUCUGAAGACUCACAGAUGA